AUGAUGUCCCAGCGUUCCGCGCGUGCGGCCCAGUCCCUCUUCCGGGCUGCGUCUGCCGCCCCCACCCCCGCGGCGGCCCGCUCGUUUGCGACCGUCCAGUCGGACAUCUUCAAGCCCACCAAGUACGGCGGCAAGUACACGGUGUCGCUGAUCCCUGGUGACGGCAUCGGCGCCGAGGUCGCCGAGAGCGUCAAGACCAUCUUCAAGGCCGACAACGUGCCCAUUGAGUGGGAGCAGCUCGAGGUGUCGGGCGUGGACACGGCGUCGCCGACGGGCCGCACGGAGGACCUGUUCAAGGAGUCGGUGGCGUCGCUGCGGCGCAACAAGCUCGGCCUCAAGGGCAUCCUGCACACGCCCAUCUCGCGGUCGGGCCACCAGAGCUUCAACGUGGCCAUGCGCCAGGAGCUGGACAUUUACGCGUCCAUCUCGCUGAUCAAGAACAUCCCCGGCUACCAGACGCGCCACGAGAACGUCGACCUCUGCAUCAUCCGCGAGAACACCGAGGGCGAGUACUCGGGCCUCGAGCACCAGAGCGUGCCGGGCGUCGUCGAGUCGCUCAAGAUCAUCACGCGCGCCAAGUCGGAGCGCAUCGCCAAGUUCGCCUUUAGCUUCGCGCUGGCCAACAACCGCAACAAGGUCACGUGCAUCCACAAGGCCAACAUCAUGAAGCUCGCCGACGGCCUGUUCCGCAGCACCUUCCACGAGACGGCCAAGGAGUUCCCGACGCUCGAGGCCAACGACAUGAUUGUCGACAACGCCAGCAUGCAGUGCGUCAGCCGCCCGCAGCAGUUUGACGUGCUCGUCAUGCCCAACCUGUACGGCGGCAUCCUGUCCAACAUUGGCGCCGCGCUGGUCGGCGGCCCCGGCAUUGUGCCCGGCUGCAACAUGGGCCGCGACGUGGCCGUCUUUGAGCCGGGCUGCCGCCACGUCGGCCUGGACAUCAAGGGCAAGGACCAGGCCAACCCGACGGCCAUGAUCCUGUCCGGCUCGAUGCUGCUGCGGCACCUGGGCCUGGACGACCACGCCAACCGCAUCUCCAAGGGCAUCUACGCCGUGAUUGCGGAGGGCAAGGUGCGCACGCGCGACAUGGGCGGCGUGGCCACGACACACGAGUUCACCAAGGCCAUCCUGGACAAGAUGGAGACGCAGUAA